AUGGUCGCCUACACCAUCUGUCGCACCCCUCCCCAAACACGCUACCUCCCCCAUCGCUACGCCCGCAAAGCCAUCGCCAAAAAGAAUGGCACCACACUCCUCUCCGAACCAGAGAAACUCGACCCAGGCCAAGAACGUCUCUACUCCUUUUACGAGCCCUCCCUACGCGCGGGGCACCACAUCAUCACCACCACACAAGAUAUACAACUCGGCACAGGCAACCAGAAGAAACACCUCGAAGAUAAGCAGGAAUUUACCGUCAUUACGCCACGCUAUAAACUGCCUGUUUCCGCGGUGCAUACCGUGUAUCCGCCACAGGGUCAUACGGACAAUGUUGAGAUUCUGCCGCAUAUUGUCUUGAAUGAUCCGCAGCUGCCGUGGGCGAGGGUGGCCGUUGAGAAAGUGGAAAGGGAGAGUAGAGGCCGCGUGCCUUGGUUGGCAAUGUUGGUCUUUCGUCAGGAGGAGUUGCAUUGGAACAAUCCUGCUCAUCCAGAAGAGAAGUUGAGUGGCACAAAGACACUUACUCUGACUCUUGGUGAGCUGGGCAAGCGAGUGGCUAGUGGUACAGAGAACUUUACAACGAAGAUUGUCAAGGGAGACGGUUCCCUUAUGCUGGAUGAUGAGCCAGAUACCGCACUGGACAUCAUAUACGUGCCAAAGCAACAUUUCAACUCUUUUUUCAAAGACGCCAAUGCAUCACCCGGCUCACAGAAGAAAUGCGAUGUCUCUCGCUACCAAUGGCUCUCCCACACCCGUAAUAUCAACACAACGGGCAUGGCAAACAGCGGUAUUGACGGAGAACUAGGCGUCUUCAGUGUUGUAAUCUCUCAACGAGUCGGCCCACUCGACAUCACCGAACCAACAGAUCUUAUCGUACAUCUCGUCAGUAUUGAAAAUCUCUGGUCCAUGAACUAUCCUGUCCAAAAGGAUCGUGUCGCCCUCUGCAGUCUGGAAAGCUGGUCCUACACCUGUCUACCCGCCAACUCAUUCAAUAUAUGGGAUGCCUUCCGCCAUGUGGGAAAGGAACACGAUGUAUACCGUAUUGAUCCCAAGAUUGUGGAAAAGACACUCGCACCAGAGAAGAAAAUGGAUGAAAGACUCAAGACGCGAUUGCUGGAUGGAUACGUCAUGACACGAUAUCGUACGCAGACGGGCGAAGAGACGGCGGCGUGGAUGAGGGGACCGUUUGUGCCCAAGAUUAUUGAUCAUGGGGAUACGGACAAAGAGAUCUCAAACUCGGGCCAGGAUUUGCAGAUUAUGGAUAAGGUGACAGGUAUUAUGGAUAUUACGUAUAGUACUGCCUGGCAGCUGGGGAAGGCUUUGGCUCUCGCGGACCAGGGCUUCACUACCGCUCUCAGCCGUCUCAGCGUGACCAUCAGUCGUGGCAGUAUGGACGAGACCAAAAAGUCACUUCUCAAAUCCCAAGGCGCCUUCCAGGAUAAGUCCGAGGUUCUAGGCCAACUUGUCGAAUCUCUCAAAACACUGCGUAGCCUCCAUAACCCCUCUGGCCUUCGCAAGGGCCCUGAUGCACGCUGGCUUCCCUCGUCGACUUUAUCAAUGGACAUGUCUCGUCAGGCCGUCCACGUGCAGCAGCAGUAUCUCCAUCAUCUGAAAGAGACGACACGCAAAAUCACCAGAAACAUUUCUGGUGAUAGAGUAUACGAUGAGUUUAACAAUCCUCUUAGUCCCGACUGGAUGAUUAUCUGCUCUUGGGUGCUGGAUCGGAUGUACCUGGCUGGUGUCCCAGCUCACUAUUACAUCCCCGAUCCCACCUAUCUGCAACAAGAAACGCUUCGUUUCUUUCACAUUGACAGACACUGGAUCGAUGCCAUGAUUGAUGGAGCACUCAGUAUCGCCAGUCAUCUCCCUGAUGAUGAAGACAAGCGUAUUGAGCUGAAGAAUAUCAUCAACGAGCUCCUCGAACAACACCCAGAAGGUCUUCACUAUCCUCCUCAACGACCCAGCUUUGGCUUCUUCCUUCGUUCUCAACUCUGUAUCAAAUUCCCUGAUCUCAUCGUCGAAGCAUAUGGUUCUGAUCCAGACGUCCCCGAUCCCACCAUCAUCAUCAGGCAAGAAAAUAUUAGCGAGGGACUUCUCCUCGUCCUCUUUGAUAAGAAACCAGGCAGCAGCGAGUUCACCAAGCUCAUCCUGCGUGAACCUCCCCACCAACAAGCCUUUGCCUGCGGAAGUCACCUCACAAAGGAUGAAAUCAGCGUCCCCGUCACCAGGAUCUACACCGUCCCCCUGGAAGAGCAAAAAAAGGACAAGGAUCGAAAUUUUCCCUUUAUCCACGACCCGUAUCCAAAGAGUGACCCGAACAACCCCAUGUUCAUUUGGGACGAUGAGGGUGUUCCCAUCUCCACUCUCAAACUACCAGCGUAUGCUGAUGAAGUGCAGAGGAUUCUUGUGGCAAACAUGAAAGAGAAUUAUACAGAAGAUGUCCCCACGGCGACAAUGAUGGGUAUUCAGCUGAAUCAUCCCAUGUAUUUCCUGCAGAUUGACAUGGACAAGACUCUCUUCGCGGGCUCUUCCACGGAGAAUGAUGGAAUGCUUGUCGGACUCAAGAUGCUGAAGCCUCGGCGCAAGAACGAAGCUUUAGAAGCUGCCGUUCGAUCCGAGGACUAUGUUAUUCAUCGUCCAUCGGGAAUUGACUGGGACGUUCCAUUUCAUGUUCAACCGGUACAAGGAGAAACCCCUCUGCCCGUCAUCUCGCUCCCCGCCCCUCACAUCCGCCACAUCCCCAUCCUGCCCUUUCCUCCAACACCUGCAAGUGACCAAACACUACGCCGUAAAAGUCCGACCUUGUUCUCCUACUCCAUUUACCCGUUGCGUGAACGUGACCUCAUCAACCAAGUCAACAAAAAGGAUGUCAAGCAAGACCUCAUCUUCUCUAUUCACCCCAACAGGGACAACGACUACUGGGACCUUAAACGCGUCACCAUCUCCAUUCCCUGGGGCAAGACCAAGGAUAGUCGCCCCACGCUCAUGGACCAUUACGAUGGCACGGGUGCGACAAUGGUCAGUGAUUUCCGCUUCAACGUCACGACGACGAUUGGGACGGAAGCGGGCGACAAGAUGUUCUUCUAUCUCACCAUUCUUCCGAGGGCGGCCAGUAUUCAGAAGAUGGAGGUUAAGAAUCUGAGCGUCAUCCUCAAUGGUAUGCUGAUUGGUGAUUAUCACGAGUGGCACUCGGGCCGUUGGGGGGCCCCGAAGGUGACGAUCUCUGUGAACGAGGAGUAUCAACAAAAUAACACAAAGAUGGAGGUUGAAGUAGUUUUAAACUUGUAG